AUGUGCAACGCACAAUCAGAGCUACCACCCGUUACGGCACCAGUUGAAAAGACAACCGAAACCGUGACAAUUGCUCCGGUACCAACGAAUACGACCACCACACCUACUCCUGCUAACACUACUACGACGACGACAUCGACGACGACCACCACAACAACCCCAAAACCGACCACAACCACUGCACCAACUACAACCACGGAACCGGCCCCAUCUACUACGACCGUCGCCCCGAGCCCGAAACCCGUCCCAGAGCCGGACAUGGGCAGCUGGAGCUUCAAGGACACGACGAAAAAUCAAACCUGUGUCAUUGCACAGAUGGCUAUGCAGUUUAACCUGAGCUACGUCGAUGCCAACGAUAAACCUGUGAACGUGCUGUACAAUCUGCCCAAGGAUGCAAUCGUUAAGUCUGGCGAGUGUUCGAACCUUACCGACUAUAUCGAGCUAAGCUGGGCAAUGGGCAAGCAGAGCAACAACUACAGUUCGCUGCGUCUAGACUUUGCAAUGAAUGUAACCGAGCACGAGUUUGCGUUUACUGGUUUGCUUUUGCAGCUGCCCGUUGUUGGUGAUGCAUUCCCAAAUGCUAAGCCGUUCCAGCAGCUCGUACUAAACAACAACCAAACACUGUUCAAAACACCCGCUGAAAUGUCCUAUCACUGCAACAAGGCACAGAUGCUGAACCUUACCUCGAGCGCUACUGGACUCGGUGUCCCAACGGUAACCAUUACUAAGCUUCAGCUGGAAGCGUUCCACCGGAAGAUCGAUAGCAAGUUUUCGAUCGCCAAGGAUUGUGAGGCUAUCGAUACGCCCGACAUUGUACCGAUCGCGGUCGGUUGUGCCCUGGUAACGUUGAUCAUUAUCAUGCUGAUUGCCUAUCUGGUCGGACGUAACACCGCUAACAAUAACGGAUAUCUGAGCAUGUAAAUGGUGCUCGUAUAAGCGUAU